GGUGAUAGGACGGGACUUCCGUGAUGGUUGCUAAGACACUCUUGCUCGGUCCUUGACAACCCUGGCGGGGGUGCUCUGGCAGCAGCCUCGGCCCCGGCCCCCGCGGGAGCAGCACCCCUUGGGGAAAGACAUUUUCUGCUCCCGCCAAGUUGGCACAGCCUGUUUCCCGAGCCCUGUGUUGGGCGCUGUGAUUGCUGGGCUCAGCACCUCGUGAAAGCCCUACUCUCCUCCUGAGGGCACACUGGGAGGAUCAUGGGAGAGGCUGAAGGGAAGAAAGAGGAGGCUGACUAUAAGCGCCUGCAGACCUUCCCCCUGGUCAGGCACUCGGACAUGCCAGAGGAGAUGCGAGUGGAGACCAUGGAGCUUUGUGUCACAGCCUGUGAGAAAUACUCCAACAACAAUGAGAGUGCUGCAAAGAUGAUCAAGGAGACAAUGGACAAGAAGUUCGGCUCCUCCUGGCACGUGGUGAUCGGCGAGGGUUUUGGGUUUGAGAUCACCCACGAGGUGAAGAACCUCCUGUACCUGUACUUCGGGGGAACCCUGGCCGUGUGUGUGUGGAAGUGCUCCUGACCCCCAUCCCUGCAGUUCUCCUGCCUGUCCUCUGGGCUGGGGGGCUCCCCUAGGCGGAGCCUGGCUCUUGUGAGGAGAGUUGAGUCUUUUCUUUUGUCCUUGUGUACCAGUUUCCUGAGCCACACCCAGAGUGUGAACUUGGUGUCCUCUCCACUCCCAGGCUCCCUGCCGUCUCCCUCUGAGCUCUGGGCCGUGGACAGGCCUCUCCCUCUCUCUCUCUCUCUCCCUCUCUCUCCCUCCCUCUCUCUCUCUCUCUGAGUGUGCAUGAAGGGUGGAAUGUGGCAGGUGAGGGGCGAGGAAUGGGACUCUCCUUGGAAAGGACUGACCCACCUUCCAUCCCAGCAGCCCCGAAGUCCUGCCCCAGGACUGCUGGGAAGUGUCUCCUGCCCUCGUUGUUAGAGGCCAUGUGGAGUGAGCUGAAAACGAAGCUCCUCUCUCGUGAGACACAGGGCAAGUCUCUCCUUGUCAUUGCGGAAGGAGUUCCCUUUCCCCUCCCCCAGCCUGACCUGGGGCCGAACAGUCCACCACAUCUUACCGGACCAGCAGUUCACAGCCCUGGCUUUGGCACGAGGAUCACCCAGUCUUCCUGUCCCCUUCUCCCAGCCCGGGCCACAUGAACUUUUCACACCACCUCCACCAGAUCAGCUGCAUGGCUGAGAGCUAGGGCCUUGGUGUAGAGCGACUUCUCAAAAGUGUUGCCGAGCUCCGGUGAGACCCCUGGGCCAGGAGUGAUCUCACCGUGAGGCCCCGUUAGCAGGGAAACCUGGCCUGCCAGGGACUUCAUCAGGGACCGCAUGCAAUUUGUACUUCUUACCUUGCUGGCUUUUCUAGAUUCUUUUUGAGUGCGGGAAGAAGGGUUUUAGUAGAAGGGUGAAUCAUAUUUUACACAGCGGUCUUAUUUAUAUAAACAUCUUGGUUUUUACAAUUAAAAUAACCAAAAACUAAACUUA